AUGCCUUCUCAUGAUGACAAUGACAUUGUUGGCGAUUUAACCAAGGCAGAGUUAAUUGCUGCGGUUCCUCCAAAGAUGUUUGAAAAAUAUGUCCAAAAGUUGAAAUGGCCACAAAUUCUUGAUAUUGUACAUGGCCUACCAGAGGAAAUUUUGGAUAAGAUUCAUGAAGCAGCAGGAAAGAAGGAAGAUGAGCGAGAGCAAGCCAACAAUCCAUUGUAUGUGGACAUUCAAAUUUCAGAGGACUUGCCCAUACAGCUUCCAGAGGAUGAGGUUCCUGAAGAAAUCAUUUUGGUCAUUCAUCAUGAAAGUAGUGACAAUAUUGCAAUACAUGAAAGUGAGGGGUAUGUACCUGUAGAUGACAAGUAUGAAGAUGAGGUUAUACCAGAAUUGCAAAAUCAAGAUGGAGUUGGUACUGUGAAUAUUGAUGCUGAAGGUGGCAAUGUGAUACCAUUGAAAUUUCUUGGGAUCACAGAUACAGAACUCAAUAAAUUGCUGUUGAAUGACUUGAUGAAAUACGCACUUAUGAAUAUGGAUGCCAAUGAAGGAGGAUAUGCUGUUUGUCACAGUCGUGAUCCUGUUUCUGAUUUUGCUUGA